GGCGGGUGGAGACCCCACCACUCCACGAGACUACCACACGCUUCUCUUCUGGUACGUUCUACCCACGCAACUUGCUGCCAAGGCAGAGUACAGAAAGAGAGUUACAGACAGACACCGGCCGGCCCACCUCGUCCGCUCGUGAACGUUCGUUCCUUCGUACGCCACCUUACGCUCCUGCUCUCCGCUUCGCCUUCGCGCGCCUCCGGCCAGCUAGCUGCCGACAACGCCCCGGCGAGUCGGCGACAAGCUCGACAGCGACCGUACGUGAAGAAGGUGGUACCGGCGGCAUGGUCGACCACCGGCAACUGGGUGUCGCCGACGCCGACCUCUACGCCGUCCUGGGGCUCAAGAAGGAGUGCUCCGACGCCGACCUCAGGCUCGCCUACCGGAGGCUCGCCAUGACAUGGCAUCCGGACCGGUGCUCCGCGUCCGGCAGCUCGGCGCGCGUCCAGGAGGCCAAGGAGCGGUUCCAGGAGAUCCAGAGCGCAUACUCCGUGCUCUCCGACUCCGGCAAGCGGCUCCUCUACGACGUCGGCGUCUAUGACAGCGACGACGACCGCCUCGACGAGCAACAUGUGUCGGGGAUGGGCGGCUUCUUCGGGGAGAUGGCCGAGAUGAUGAGCCAGGCAACGCCAACCGAUAGCUUCGAGGAGCUGCAGCAGCUGUUCGUGGACAUGUUCCAGGCCGACCUCGUCGCCGGCGGGUUCGGCGGUGCGCCACCUAUGGGCCGCCGGGUCCAGGCCCCGGCUCCGAGUCCAUCCUGUACCUCUGGACCUACGUCUGCGCAGGCACGGCCGUCCUGUAACAAGGGUGUGAACAAGCGGUGUUCAUCGGCGAUGGGCUCUGGGACGCCGCCAAGGGCCUGUCGCCCAGGGUCCGCCUCCGGCCCCGGCCUUGACUCCAAGGGAAGUGAUGGGAGGCGAGGGGAGGAAGGGCCAUGGACGACGACGCAGGAAGACGCGAGCAUCGGCGGCAGGAAGAAGAAACAGAGGCUGUCGACGGGCCACGGCGUGUCGUCCUAGGAGGAAGCAAGGGAUGCGCGGCGCGGCCGGGGCGGCGUUGAUGCGCGCCGCCCGUGCUCUCUGCAGAUCUGACUGAGGGUCAGCAAGUUUUGGAAGAUAAUGCGCAAACUUUUAAAUUAGUUUCUUCGUUUAUUCUCUUAGAUUGAUUCUCUUGGGGUAGCACUGGUAGCUACUCCCUCCGUUCGGAAUUACUUGUCGCAGAAAUAGAUGUAUCUAGACAUAUUUUAAUUCUAGAUACAUCCAUUUCCGAGACAAGUAAUUCCGAACGAACAGAGUAAGUUCUAAUGUUAGACAUCUUCAAUAGAUGAUUUAGAUGUAAAAAUAAGGAAAACGAUUGCGCGCUCAGUCGGCUGAUGAUCA